GGACAGCAUCAUCAUCAGCAUCACCAACUGCGCCACCAGCGUCUAUGCCGGCUUCGUCAUCUUCUCCAUCCUGGGCUUCAUGGCCCAGCACCUGGGCGUGGACGUCUCCCAGGUGGCCGACCACGGGCCCGGCCUGGCCUUCGUGGCCUACCCCGAGGCCCUGACCCUGCUGCCCAUCUCGCCCCUCUGGUCCGUCCUCUUCUUCUUCAUGCUCAUCCUGCUGGGGCUGGGCACGCAGUUCUGCCUGCUGGAGACACUGGUGACGGCCAUUGUGGAUGAGGUGGGGAACGACUGGAUCAUCCGCAGGAAGAUGUUUGUGACGCUGGGCAUGGCUGUGGUGGGCUUCCUGCUGGGCAUCCCACUCACCACCCAGGUACGGGCACGGGGCUCGCUGCCGGGCGUCCCGCUCGUCACCCAGAUACUGGCACGGGGCUCCCUGCUGGGCGUCCCACUCACCACCCAGGUACGGGCACGGGGCUCGCUGCCGGGCGUCCCGCUCGUCACCCAG